AUGAGCGACCAAGCUGCUGCAGUCGCCUCGGAUGCGACUGAGCGGUGUGCUAUUGGUAUUUCCUUUGGCAACUCCAACAGUUCCAUUGCCUUUACCUCGCCAGAUGGAAAACCAGAGGUUAUUGCGAACGAAGAUGGAGAUCGCCAUAUUCCCUCAAUAAUCUCAUAUGUUGAUGGCGAUGAAUACCAUGGAACACAGGCCAAAUCGCAGAUUGUUCGACAUCCAACCGACACCGUUGCGUACUUCAGAGAUUUUCUUGGAAAAGAGUUCAAAUCGAUAGACCCUACGCCAUGCCAUCAAUCCGCUCACCCACAACAGCAUGAGUCCACUAUUUCUUUCACUGUGCAAGAAGGCACAGAGGGGGAGAAAAGCACGCUCACCGUGUCCGAAGUUACCACUCGCCAUCUCCGCCGUCUAAAGAAUUCCGCUUCCGAGUAUGUUGGCAAAGAGGUCAAUGCCGCCGUCAUCACUGUUCCCACAAAUUUCACCGAUGCACAGCGAUCUGCAUUGAUGGAAGCUGCCAAGGGAGCCGGCAUUGAGGUUCUCCAGUUCAUCCAUGAGCCCGUUGCUGCUGUUGUUGCCUACGAUGCCCGACCCGAAGCUGUUGUCACCGACAAGCUUGUUGUCGUCGCUGAUUUGGGUGGCACUCGAUCUGACGUUACUGUCAUCGCAUCCAGAGGUGGCAUGUACACCAUCUUGGCUACUGCCCACGACUAUGAACUGGGAGGUGCGCAGCUGGAUCAGGUCCUCAUUGACCACUUCGCCAAGGAGUUCAUCAAGAAGCACAAGAUAGAUCCCAGGGAAGAAGCUCGAAGUUUGGCUAAGUUAAAACUUGAGGCUGAAGCUACCAAGAAGGCCCUGAGUAUCGGCACGAACGCAUCCUUGAGUAUCGAGAGUCUGGCUAAUGGUAUCGACUUCACCUCUAACGUUAACCGUCUAAGAUACGAGCUUCUCUCCUCAAAGGUCUUUGGAAGCUUCACCGACCUCAUCAAGCAGGCAGUCCAGAAAGCCGAGCUUGAUCUACUUGACAUUGACGAGAUCAUUCUCUGCGGUGGAACAUCUCAUACUCCAAAAAUUGCUCGUCUUGUCCAGUCUCUAUUCCCCGAGACUACAAAUGUUCUUGCCCCAGCUACCUCACCGACUGCUAUUCAUCCAUCCGAUGUAGCUGUUAGGGGUGCUGCCAUUCAAGCAUCUCUCAUUGAAGAGUUUGAAAUGGCUGACAUUGAACAGUCCACUCACCCAAUGGUCACUGUUACUGCUCACCUUGCCAAAGCUAUUGGAGUCCAGCUCAUUUCCUCUGACGAGUCCAACUGCAUCUUUAAGCCGCUUUUGAACACUGAGACUGCUCUCCCAGCCCGCCGAUCCGCCCAAUACCCUGCUCCAAAGGACGGCGGUGAUGUUCUCAUCCGUAUUUGUGAAGGAACUCGUGAAAUUAAAGUCAAAAAGGUUGAGCCUAAGCCUAAGGCCGAGGAUGAAGAUGAUGAUGAGGAUGACGACGAUGACGAGGAGGACGAGGAGGAAGAAGUCCGUGAAAUUGCAUGGAACGUCUCCAAGCCCAUUGCUGAGUUUGCCAUCCGUGAUGUUAAGCCUCAGGGUAAGAUUGAGGUUAUGGUUAGCGUUAACGAGCAUCUUGCUGUCCAAGUAACUGCUCGUGAGAUUGGUGGAAAGGGAGGUGUUCGUGGCGCUGUAGAGCCUCCCCAGGUAGUUGAAAAUGGUGCAUAG